AUGAAAACACAGAAAAGGAGCAAAAAAGGCCAUGACAAGAACUGCGAGCUCUUCGUCCGCCUCCCAGAGCACUUUGAGCAGCAGCAGCAGCAGCAGCAGCAGCAGCAGCAGCAGCAGCAGCAGCAGUUUGGCACAGUGUUGCCUGGAGACCCUCAAGGCAGCAAAUCGAGUUACCUGUAUAGCGGGGAAGCGCCAGCAGCAGCUGCUGCAGCUUACGCAGCCACAGUUGCUGCUGCAGCAAAAGAAGCAGCAGCUGCUGGCCUUGCUGCUGCAGCAGCAGCUCCGAGAAGGCAGCAGCGGCAGCAACGGCAGCAGCAGGCAAAGGCAGGGGAGGCCCUAAAAGGGCUGGGGCCUGGGGGCCCCCAGGGGGGCCCCCAGGGGGGCCCCCAGGGGGGCCCCCCAAGAGGCAGCAGCCAUGGGGGCCCCCCUAGAGGGAGGCAGCAAACUGAAAAAAACUCAAUAGGGUACAGAAGGGGGGCCCCCCGCAGCAGCCCUCCCCUCCGGGGGCCCCUCAGGCUGCCCUCUCCUUCGCCGUGGCGGCAGUCCCCGGGGGGCCCCCAAGGGGAGAGUCCGUUGGCAGCAGCAGCAGCAGCAACAGCAGCAGCAGCAGCAGCAGCAGCAGAAGCUGCAGCAAACCGAGACAAAUAUGUCUGCCUCUCCCAACGCACUUCCUUGUGGGCUAUGCGGAAGACGCAGCUGACUGCAGCGCAGCAAAAUGGGGGCCGAGAGCUUCUUGCUGCUGCACCUGCUGCUUCUGCGCUCGCAGCAGCAAAAGCAGCAGCAGCAGCAGCAGCAGCAGCAGCAGCAGCAGAAAAGGAGCAGCAAAAAGAACAGGAACUCGCAGCGAUACAGCCAACGCCUGAAGACACAGAGCUAACAAAGACGAGCCAGCGGAGGCAGCUUCAACACCCAAAACAGCAGCAGCAGCAGCAGCAGCAGCAGCAGCAGGAAAUGCACGGCAGCGCAGCAGCAGCAGCAGCAGCAGCAGUACCAGCAGCAGCAGGAGCAACAGCAACAGCAGCAGUUGCUGCGUUCUUCCGCUGGACUGAAGUGCACCAAAAGACAGGAGGCUGGGCUGCGACAGCAGAGCUGCUGUGCCCGCCGGGGCCCCCUGGCGCUGCAGCAGCAAAGCGCAGCCGCAGCAGCAGCGGCAGCAGCAGCAGCAGCAGCAGCAGCAGGGGCUCCUCAGGGGGACCCCGCGAUCGAGGUUGCAGCAGCUGCUGUGGCGUCUGCGCUGCUCGAGCUGUCUGCUGCAGCAGCAGGGGCCCCCAGCAGCAGCAGCAGCAGCAGCAGCAGCAGCAGCAGCAGCAGCCUUCAGCUAGAAGCGAAGCCCCACAGCUGCGCAUGCAGCACAUCCCUGGGGGGCCCCCUGGGGCCCCCGCAUGCAGCAGCUGUGGGGCCAGCAGCAAGCGUCAGCAGCAGAACAGCUAUGCUUCUCAAUGUAAGUCCAUUAAGAAGAUAAAGAAAAAGCCCAUGCAGCAGCAGCAGCAGCAGCAGCAGCAGCAAUGA